UAUUUUGACGUUUACUCGUUCUGUUUAUAAAUUUUGACAGCUGACAGUUGUGUCGUUUCCGUUUAUUCUCUCUUCUUUUCUUUUUUUCUUUCUUUGACAACCAAGAAUCGUCAAGAUGGUGAAUGUGCCGAAACAGCGACGCACCUUUUGCAAGAAGUGCAAGUGCCACAAGCCACACAAGGUGACACAAUACAAGAAGUCGAAGGAGCGUAAAGGUGCUCAGGGCAGACGUCGUUACGACAGAAAACAACAAGGUUUCGGUGGUCAAACCAAGCCUAUCUUCAGAAAGAAGGCUAAGACCACUAAAAAGAUUGUGUUGCGUAUGGAGUGCACCGAAUGCAAGUACCGCAAGCAGACACCACUGAAGCGUUGCAAACAUUUCGAGUUGGGAGGUGACAAAAAGAGGAAGGGACAGAUGAUUCAGUUCUAAAUCACUCGCCCCCAAUUCCAAGCCACUAUCUGCUUUUUUGUUUCGCUGUUUUUUACCAAUAUAAGAUUUGUAUACGGAAUGCCUUGUGGAAAGGCAUUUUUAACAAGUCAUUUGUGAAAAAAUAUAAUUUAAAACAAUGUUCUUUAGUUAAACAUUGAAGUAAAAAAAAAAUCAAACAAAA